ACAAAGAUUAAAAAUUAGAAGGGCUGUGGGAAUAGGAAUGAGCUCCGCUUUUUUAGUUUUCUGACUGUGAAUCAAUCAGAAGAUGCUCACAGACGAAGAAGAGGAUAUAUCGAUUGACGACGAAAUCGACGAGAACGGGUUUCCUUCCCUUCAGCUGGCUUCGGAAGAAGAAGAAGAAGCGUGUCAAGGUAAUGGAGUUCAAGAUCUAUCCUUCGGAGCUUCCCAAGGGGGCUUCGCUUCCGAUUUUUAUCGCAGCGGAACGGAUUGGUCAUGCUUGUUGGACGGGAAUCCGCAGAAACAGAAAAGGCUUAAGCAAGCAGACCUGUUCCAGGUUUGGGGUUUCAAGAAGACCGCUGGAUCGAAUCCCGGAUCUAAGGUAUCGUCUUUGCCUUCGAGGGAGAAGAAUACGACGCAACCAAUCUCUCUUGAGCGGUUCAACAACCGGAUGAAUUUAAAAGUUCCUUCUUCUGGGAAGACGAGCAGUAGGUUUGGUGAUAAUAGUCGGCGUAUUUGCCCCUUUUACAAGAAAAUCCCUGGAACUCCAUUCACCGUAGAUGCAUUCCGUUAUGGUGUUAUUGAAGGAUGCUCAGCAUACUUCCUUAGCCACUUUCACCAUGAUCAUUACAGUGGCUUGAGCAAGGGAUGGUCACAUGGGCCCAUUUAUUGUACUCCGCUCACUGCUCGCCUUGUGAGAAUGUGUCUAUUAGUAAAUCCAUCAUUCAUCUGUCCUUUGGAACUAGAGACUGAACAUGUUAUUGAAGGCAUCAAAGUGACAAUGCUGGAUGCUAAUCAUUGUCCUGGUGCAGCACUUAUUCAUUUUCGUCUGGAAGAUGGACGAUGCUAUUUGCACACUGGAGACUUCAGGGCUUGUAGAUCAAUGCAGUUGCAUCCACAUCUUGCAAACCAUAAAAUUAAUUUGCUUUACCUGGACACCACUUAUUGCAACCCAAAAUACAGGUUCCCAUCCAAGGAAGAUGUUCUGGAUUUUGUUGUAAUGAUAACUAAAAAGUGUCUCACAAAGCAGCCAAAAACCCUUAUCGUUGUUGGAGCAUACAGUAUUGGGAAAGAGUGCGUCUAUCUUGCUAUUUCUAAGGCAUUAGGGGUAAAAAUAUAUGCAAAUUCUUCAAGGAGACGGAUUCUUCAGUCAUUUGGUUGGCCCGAGCUGUCCGGGAAACUCUGUUCACAUGGGGAGGAGACACCUCUUCAUAUUCUACCUAUGUCAUCCCUGAAACCUGAGACUUUGAAGCAGUACUUGGUGACCUAUAUGCAUCAAUAUACAGCAGUUCUGGCAUUUCGGCCAACAGGCUGGACUUACUCUGAGAUUACUGGGAACCAGCUGAAUCUAAUCAGACCCCGUCUUAGUGGCAAUGUCUCAAUCUAUGGUGUCCCAUAUAGUGAGCACUCCAGCUUUUUGGAGCUCAGGGAAUUUGUGCAGUUCUUGAGGCCUGGCAAGAUAAUACCCACUGUUAAUGUUGGCAAUGCUGCGCACCGAAAUCAGAUGCAGUCGUACUUCCAAGAAUGGCUGAAAGCCUGAUGCUGUAAGAAAGUUAAUUGGAAUCUCUCAGCACACGCUUUAUCCCAACUCCCAAUAUCUACACAAAAAGCAGAAAAUCAGAUGAGCUUUCAUAAACCAGGUAAUCAACCAUGGGAUACUUCAACCCUUCAUCAUCUUCUGCAUGGUCCAGUGUAGUGAAGCUUUUCUUGGUGAUCCGAAGUCAUGCGUGCACCACCAACAACUCAGCCUCAUCCCAAUUAAAUGGGGUUGGCUACAUGGAUCUUUUCCCUCCAAUUGACUCUAUUUGAGGUCAUACUCAAUACCAUUAAAAAAAAAAAGGGUUUUGCUCAUAUAAUAAGGUGAUUCCAAAUAUUAAAGAGAUAAGAGUUCAAUUUGGAUUAAGUUACAUGUUAAAUUUUGAAAAAAAGAUCAAUUACAUACCCUUCAAAUAUUGGCAUAUGCAUCCCUUUUGGAUUA